GUGAGCUGCACUGUCACUUUCACCAAAACACCACUGUCUUUGAGCUUCAUAACUUUCUUUUGCCCGAAACAACCGACCAAAGGAGACAACACACCCUGAAGUUUUAAGGAUUUGUUUGACUUUUGUCAACGUGUUUAACAAACAAGACACCUGAAGGCAUCUGAGGCUCAGGGAUAUUGUGACAGAUGUCUUCCAGAUCACCAUGUCCCAUGCCGACGCAGACCCAAUCACUGCCCCUCACACUGACCCUGGCCCCGGUCAGGAUGUCCCAGAAGCCUUUGUGCCACCUCCAGCUCCACUACAUCCUCCUUUAGUCACUGGGGAUUUCGACCCCCCACACUCCACCCCAGAGGAGGCCGGGACAAAGCACACCUCGGAGGGUCCGACGGACCAUCUGGAGCCGGCUGCCCAGGGUCAGGUGGUCGUAUGUGACCAACCGGUGAGCCUGGAGCUGGAGCCUGAGGACGUGGAGAGGCCACCUCAGGAAAAAGAGAAAGGUUGGGGAGGUUGGAGUUCAUGGGGAAAAUCUCUCCUGAGCAGCGCCUCUUUCUCCGUGGGUCAGAGCCUGACCUCGGUUAAGACCAAGGCAGGAGAAGCUCUGCGACUCCACAAGACCUCGGUGGGAGAGGAGGCGCAAGAACAACAAGAGGAUGAAGAAGAAGAGGCGGAGAAGGCUGGUGCCGAGGGAGAAAAGAGAGUGCGAGGAGGUGAAAGUGGAGCGGCCGAGCUGUCUGGUUCCGGAGAGACAAGCGUUAGUGCUGCAGCUUCUGGCAGGGGCGUCUUCUCUAGCAUCACACACGCCGUGCAGAACACAGGUAGGUCUGUGAUCAGCGGGGGUUUAGACGCCUUGGAGUUCAUCGGAAAGAAGACCAUGACUGUCCUCGCCGAGACCGACCCGGGUUUCAAAAAGACCAAGACCCUGAUGCAGAAGACCGCAUCACUGAGCCAGAUGUUGAAGGAAGCCAAAGAGAAAGAGCGCGCCCGCCUGGGCAACCAGCCAGUCAGCGCCCCUGCAGCUCACUACGGCAUUCUGUUCGACGACUACCAGGGCUUGGCGCACCUCGAGGCCCUGGAGAUCCUGUCCAAUGAGAGUGAAGCUAAGGUCCAAGCCUUCCUCUCCUCCCUGGUGGAAGAGGAGCAGGAGGAGGUAAAGAAGGAGCUGAUUUUCAUCAAGGACAUCUUCAUGAAGCAAGAGGAGGAGGACGAGAAGGAGGAGGAGGAGGAGGAGGAGAAAGAAGCAGAAGGAGGAAGGACGAAGGAUAACGGUGAUCUAAGUUCCCACUCUCACUGUUCUACCUCCCUGUCCGCCGACGGCGAGGAGUUUGUGAACGUUCUCACCGAGCUGCUGUUUGAGCUCCAUGUCGCCGCAACGCCGGACAAACUCAACAAGGCGCGAAUGAGGGCCCAUGACUGGGUGAGCGAGGUGGAACAGCCUGUCGCCGCGGAGACGGCUGACGGGGAAACGCAGGACCAGCCGGCAGGACAUGCCUCACCGGGAGAGAAGGAAAAGGAGGAGAUGAGGAAGGAGGAUGGGGAGGCUCAGCAGGGGGAGGAGGAGCAGAAAGAGGAGGAAAAGAAAAAGGAGGCAGGAAACGACCCCAGAUCUGUAGAGGCUGUCUACCUUUCAUCAGUCAGCAGUCUGGCAGAAGUGACGGCUCGCAGCAUUGAGCAGCUCCACAAGGUGGCAGAGCUCAUCCUCCAUGGGCAGGACAUGGAGAAACCAGCCAGAGACCAGGCGCACAUCCUCACCAGGUUGACGUGUGCCAUGUGUAAGGAGGUGGAGUCUUUGGCCAAGAAGUUCUCAGACAUUCUGCUUCUCGUUGGGGGCCAGAGGAAAGCAGAAGUGUUGAACCCGCUGGUAGACGGUGUGCUGUUAGAGGGCUCAAACAGUACCGACUACAUCGAGAAUGCACUGCAGCUGCUGCUGCCCGUCCUGCAGAUCUCCCACAUCCAGAGGCAGCACCGUCGCUCCUCCACAGACCCAGUAGAACAGACGCAGCACUAACACACACACACACACACUUCCUGCUCACCCGCUUGUCUUAAUGUAUGUAUUGUUGUACAGAAGUAUGGAGAAUAGAUUAUUCCAGAUGAAGUGCCUAAAUUAACAAUCGUUGCCAUAUAAAUAGGCAGAUGAUAUACACAUAAUCUUUAAGAUUUACCAUCUACAUGCGUGUAGAAGUGACUGCUAUGUGUGACUCUUCCCUGUUGUAUCUCCGUGGAUAUUUUGCUUUGUGACUCAUUCUGUUUGACUAAGCAAAGCUGUUUGUGUCUAAAAGCCGAACCAAAAGGACUGAGUUGUGUUGAAGGCACUCUACAUUCAUGUAAACUAACAUUUCUUUGCACUUUUAUCUUCAACACUAAGGAAAUGUGUUUAUGGCUGAAAAUAUGCAAUGUGGUUUGAGUCAAAAUGCCAGUAUUGGUGAUAAUACACUACAAUUUUUGCUUUUUUGUUGAACUCCAUAAAGACGCAAU